CCGCUGAAAGUGAAAGUGAAGCGUAAGCUGACGGCCAAGUCUGAGCGCGUGAAGUGUGUGGAGCUGCACCCAACGGAACCCUGGCUGCUGGCCAGUCUCUACACAGGCAAGGUGUACAUCUGGAACACAGACUCAAAGGAUGACACGGCAGUACGAGUUUUCAACUACAACACGUGGGAGUGUGUUCAUGAGUUCCAGGCCCACGCUGACUACAUUCGCUCCCUUGCCGUUCACCCCAUACAGCCCCUCAUCCUUACCUGCGCAGAUGACGGCAGGAUCAAAUUGUGGAACUGGGAGAAGAAAUGGGCGUGUGUUCAGAUCUUCAAAGGUCACGCUAACUAUGUGUUCCACGUGGCUUUCAACCCAAAAGACAAUAACCAGUUUGCUUCUGCCUCUCUGGACGGGACAGUGAAGGUAUGGCAGUUGGGCUCCCUGGCGCCAAACUUCACGCUGCACCACGAGAACGACGUGAACUGCGUGGACUACCACCCCGGCGGGGAUAAACCGUACCUGGUCACAGGGGAAGACGCCGGAGCCAUCAGGAUAUGGAACUACCAGACAAAAGACUGCGUCCAGGUGUUGCAUGGUCACAGCAAAGAUGUGCUGUGCGUCGCCUUCCACCCGUUUCUUCCCAUCAUCCUCUCCGGUGGUGCUGAUGGUUCACUACGAAUAUGGCACGCCAACACGUACAAACAGGAGAAAAGUUUGAACUAUGGCAUGGAGAGGCUCUGGACCAUCGGGUGUCAGCGAGGGUCAAACAGUGUGGCCCUGGGUUUUGACGAGGGCACGGUACUUCUGAAGAUCGGAAACGAGGAGCCAGCAGUGUCUAUGGACUCCUCUGGGAAGAUCAUCUGGAGCAAAAACUCCAUGAUCCAGCAGGCCAAUGUGAAGAGUUUGGGCGAGCAGUCGGUGAUAGACGGAGAACGCCUCGAGCUGGCUGUCAAGGAUUUGGGAAGUUGUGAGGUCUACCCUCAGAGUAUCUCGCACAACCCAAAUGGGAGGUUUGUGGUCGUGUGUGGGGAUGGAGAGUACAUCAUCUACACAGCCAUGGCCCUCAGGAACAAAGCCUACGGAAAUGCCCACGAGUUUGUGUGGGGCCAAGACUCUUCCACUUUUGCCAUCAGAGACGACAGCUCAACAGUCAAAGUGUUCAAAAAUUUCAAGAUGCAAAAAUCGUUCAAAGUGGGAUCAGGAGCAGAGGGCAUUCAUGGUGGGCAGUUACUUGGUGUCAGAUCCAAAAACAAUCUGUCGUUUUAUGACUGGGAAACUACAGAAUUAGUCCGAGACCUAGAGAUAACUGCAACACAAGUCCACUGGAGUGAGUCUGGAGAUCUUGUGUGCGUCUGCUCAGAAGAUUCCUUCCACAUCCUCAAGUACAGCUCGGGCACUGAGGGGAAUGGCGGUGGUGGUGGGGAGGAGGCAGAGACUGAGACAGGGGGUCAAGCAAAGGAGUCGUUUGUGGUCAUGUUUGAGAUUGAAGAGAAAGUUCGCUGUGGUCUGUGGCUGGGAGAUUGUUUCAUCUACACCAACAAUGUGAACAGGCUAAACUACUGCGUGGGAGGGCAGAUUGUCACUAUCGCUCAUUUAGACAGGGAAAUGUACAUUCUUGGAUACAUCUUGAAGGACAACCGGCUGUACUUGGGAGACAAGGAACUCAACAUCAUCAGCUACUCCUUAUCUGCUUCCAUUUUAGAGUACCAGACCGCGGUCUUGAGGAGGGAUUUUGACUUGGCAGAUAAAAUUUUGACCUCAGUACCCAGGGAACAGAGAACGAGGGUGGCCGAAUUUUUGGAGAACCAAGGUUUCCUUUCUCAAGCUUUGGCUGUGACCCAAGACACUGACCACAAGUUUGAGCUGUCCAUACGACUCGGAGAUCUCCGCUCGGCGUACAGUAUAGCAAAGUCCAACUCGUCGCCGGAGAAGUGGAAGACUCUGUCGGAGCUGGCUCUGAAGCACUCGGAGUUUGGCUUACUGCAAGAAUGUCUGCACCGCGCCCAGGACUUGAGCGGCCUCUUGCUCCUGGCUUCCGCCUCGGGGAACCGUGAGGCCAUGACGAAGCUUGUGCAGACUGCGGAGAACGCUGACCAGCACAACAUAUCUUUUCUUGCAAACUUCACCCUCGGGAGGUGUGAAGAAUGCCUGGAGGUUCUCAUCAAAACAAACAGAUUACCAGAAGCAGCUUUCUUCGCUCGAACAUACUUGCCGUCUCAAACUUCAAGGGUGGUCAGUUUAUGGAAGGCUCAGGCGGCAAAGGAGAGUCAAAAACUGUCCGAGGCAAUCGCAGACCCGAGCCAGUACGAGAACUUGUUCCCCGGAUUUCUGGACUGCUUGAAGACAGAACAGUAUCUAAAGCCACAUAGGCAGGGCGUAGUACCGGCUCAUGCUUAUGCAAAAAUACCA